AUUCUCCACUCUUUGAAACUGAUUGGCAGAAAAGAGCCAUUCUAGACUCUAUGCUUCGAAUCAAUCAUGCAGGAGAAGUUGGAGCUCGGGAGAUCUAUGCUGGUCAAUUGGCAAUAUUUAGAGGUACUCGUAUAGGUGAGGUGAUAGAGGAAAUGGCUAAACAAGAGGAAAAACAUUUUCAGUGUUUUGAAAAGUUAUUAGUAGAAAGACGCGUUCGUCCCACUUUAUUGAUGCCUCUAUGGAAAGUUGCAGGAUUUUCUCUCGGAGCAUUGACUGCUAUGAUGGGUGAGAAGGCUGCUAUGGCUUGUACAGUUGCUGUAGAAGAGGUAAUAUCUCAACAUUAUAAUGAUCAGAUACGUACAAUUCAUGAAAAGAAUUGGCAAGAAGAACAACACUUGAAACAAACAUUGAGAGAGUUUAGAGAUGAUGAAAUGGAACAUCAUGACACAGGAAUAGAAUAUGAAGCCGAAUCUUUUGCUUUUUAUCGAAGUUUAACUCGAAUCAUUCAAUGGGGUNAGUUUAUGACAACCAACAGCGAAUCCAUAGUUUCCGUUCGAAAGUUGAGUCAUCAACUGGAACAGGCAAUAAAGGAAAAUACUCAACAACGUUCCAAGUAUCCAGAUGAACCUUUACGUUUUGAGGAUUCUGAAGUGGCUUUGGACAAAGCUAUUCAAGACUUUCGUUCCAUAGCUUCUUUUCCCGAGUUGUUUGAUAAAGUCCAAAUAUGGCCUAGUUUAGUGGGUUUACUUGGUCACGAGAAUAUCGAUAUAAUAGUGGAUGUUAUACACACUUUGAAUGACUUUUGUGAAGGAGAGGAAGGGGAAAACUUGCAACAAUGGAUAGAAACUUUAGUUCAAUGUGGUUUGUUAUCAGGUCUUAUUUCAGCCAUGGAAAGAUUAGACUUGUCUAGUUUGGAUGAAGCAAGUGGCUUUUAUAGUGGUUUGGGUAUAUUAGAAAAUAUUCUCGAGUUGAACCCUGCUUUCUCUAAGCAACUUGCUAAAGAUACCAAUCUAUUUUUAUUGCUUACUCAAUAUUUGAAUCCUUCUAUUUCCAGUAUCUCUUUGUAUUGUAGUGAAAUUCUUGCUGUUUUAUUACAAGAAAAUGAUGAGAUUCGUGAAUAUUUUGGACAGUUAGGACUUAUGGAUAAUAUAUUGAAAGCUAUUGCUCCUUAUAGGAAACACAAAGUGAAUGAAAGUGAUUUGUUGGAAAUGGUAGAAAAUCUAUUCGAUUGUUUAUGUUCUCUUUUGUUUGUAUCCUCUAAUAAGGAUCGAUGGAUACAAUUGGAAGGGAUAGAAUUAUGUCUCGAUUGUAUUCGUUAUCAAAAACAAUUUCGUCAUGCUGCUUUAAGAUGUUUAGACUUUGCCAUGACUCAUGGCCCUUUAGUGGGAAAGAGAUUCAUUCAAUUAGGAGGUCUUGGGAUUCUGUUUGCCAUGUUUUGUGAAAAGUCUAAAAAGUCCUCCUUGGUAUUAACGAGUCAAGAUACUGAACAUAUCGUAUCCAUUUUAUAUUUCUUAUUUCAAUAUUCCGAUGAAAAACAUCGUUUGAUGAAAAAGUUUAUAGAAAAUGAUUAUGAAAAGUUGAAACGUCUAAUACUAUUACACAAAAAGUAUUUAGACAAGGUAAAUAUUGCAAGUCAUUCUAAACAGAAUGUUCAACAAGAUGAGUUAUUCUUAUUAAGAUGGGAAGCUGGAUUAUAUACUUUGGAGUUGAUUGAUACUAUUUUGGCACAACUUGUAGAGUUUGCAGAUAAGAAUGAACCAAACCUUAUUCAAGUUGUAUGGAAUCUUUUGAGAAAGCAUCAGAUUGAAAUACAAACCAUUGAAGAGAUUUUGAAGGAAUUUGCGGAGAACUUAGAAGAAGAAGGAACAGAUGAUAAGAGUGCAAGUAGGCAUAUAUUAUAUUUGGCACAAAACUUUGUACAAAAGAUGACUCGUUAGAAACGAGUAUUGAUAUUCCAUGACUCGAGUUUGGAUGAUGACAAUAACAACUGCAACUAAUGUAGGAAGAAUAUUUCUCUCUUUCUUUCUUCAUCUUUACCAUAAUCUAUUCAUAAUGAAGAAUGUGAUAAGAAGAUAUAAAGUAGGCUACUUUGGUCUUUUGUCAA